UGUACUAGCUCAAACCAAUUCUGUUCUGUCCCAGCAAGCAAACAAGAGAGCCCUCGACUUGCUUCACAUAAACAAAACCAACAACAGAAGGAUGAUGCCAUCAGCGGCCCAUCUCCUCGCCUUGGCGUUCCUCUGUGCCGUCCUCGCCAGCGCCGGCGCGACGGUGGUGACGACGUGCAAGGCGGCGGCCGGCAGCGACGGGCGCGUGGACUACGGCUUCUGCGUGUCGGAGCUGGGCAAGCACCACGACAGCCCCAGCGCGGACACCUGGGGCCUGGCCAAGGUGGCCGCGCUCACGGGCGUCGUCAACGCCGACGACGCCGUCUACGACAUCAAGGACCUCCUUGCCAAGCCGGGCACGGACGCCAGGGCGGCUGCGGCGCUGGGCAAGUGCCAGGAGCUGUACGAGAGCGUGGGGUUUGCCUUCGCGGAGGCGCAGGACGACAUCAACAACCGUGACUAUGCUGCCGGGAAGGCGAAGGCGGAGGAGGCCGCAUCCCUCGCGCGCCGCUGCGACGACGCCUUCGCCAAGGCCGGCGGCGCCGCCCCCUCCCCGGUCGCGCAGCACGGUUCAUACUCCGUGCAGAUUGCGGUCGUCUGCACGGCUAUUACUAACCUCAUCGACUGAAAAGGAAGUCCAAGAAUUAGCUCUAGCUCUUGGAUCUCCUGGUGGAUUGCUUUACAUGUAAGAAGUGAUAACUGAUUAAAAGUGUGUGGUUUACUUUAGUUGCGACACCUUAUAUGUAGGUUGUACUCGCUUGUUCAUUAUUACCCUUUUUUUAACAGAACUGUUGAGCAGUAUCCUUGUAUGAAAAGACAUUAAUAAAGCGUGUGAAUUAUUGUGCA